CCGAGAACGCCACGCUCGUCAACAUGGAGCUCUGCGCCGCUCGCGUCAUCCAUAACGUCGUCCCGGCGAAGGCGGGCGCGGUUCGCCGCGCCGCCGCGCCCACGAUGGCCGUCGCGACGUCCGCGUCGUCCGCUUUCAUUGGCAGCUCUCUGAGCAUGGGUAUGGGCGCGAAGAAGCAGGCGGAGCGCGGCGCUCUGUGCGUCCGCGCCGCGCGCGUCGCCGGGGUUGAGAUUCCAAACAACAAGCGCGCGGAGACUGCGCUCACGUACAUUUACGGCGUGGGCGACACGACGGCGAAGAAGGUGAUGGCGACGACCGGCUUGGAGAACAAGCGCAUGCGGGAGUUCGAGGAGGACGAGCUCACGAGGCUUCGCGAGGCUGUCGACGAGCUCCCGCUGAUCGAGGGCGACUUGCGAAGGUUCAACUCGAUGAACAUCAAACGGCUGAAGGAGAUUCAGUGCUACCGAGGAAAGAGGCACAUCCAGGGGCUGCCGUGCCGCGGGCAGCGCUCGAAGACGAACGCGCGCACGCGCAAGGGGAAGGUCAAGACCGUCGCGGGUAAGAAGAAGUAAGAGACGAGAAGAAGGAGGCUUAGCGACCUUACUUACUACUGUGUGAUACAACCACCGAGACGCAUUGUCUGCU